ACUGCCUCAGAAGCUGCACAGCAAGCGGUUGACGCUGAUGUCCAUGUUGUCGGUGUAAGCAGUUUAGCCGCAGGUCAUAAGACCUUGGUGCCAGAACUUGUCAAAGAAUUGAAAGCUCGUGGUAGAGGGGACAUUGUUGUCGUGGUUGGCGGAGUUAUCCCCCCUCAGGAUUAUCCUUUCCUCUUGGAGCACGGAGCUGCUGCAAUCUUUGGCCCUGGUACCAGGAUUCCUGAUUGUGCUGUUAAAGUUAUCGAGUGCAUCAAAGCUUGCCGACCAGGAGGGGGUUUAGUAAAUCGAGGCCAAGCAUGA